GCCGCGGCGGGCCGGGCAGCCAUGCCGCUGUCCCGGGGCGAGCCCCCGGCGCUGGACUGGCUCCUGGUGCCGGCCGACUCGGAGCCUCGGGUGCGGCGGCAGCGGCUCCAGGUGCAGCGCGUCUUCAGGGUGAAGUUGAAGGCUUUCCAGAGCCGCCCCGACGCCCCGAGCUUCUGGCUGCAGCUGGAGGGGCCCCGGGAGAACACGGGCCGGGCCAAGGAGUAUCUGCAGGGCCUGUGCAGCCCGGAGCUGUGGAAGGAGGUUCGCGGCCCCCCGACCCUGCGCUGCGCCUUCCUGGGGGCCCAGGGCCUCUUCCUGGACUGCCCGGAGCCCGGGCCCCCGGGCACCGAGUCCGCCGCCCCCGCCCAGGCGGCCCCGUGGCGCCGGGGUCCCCCUGCUUCCCUCCCGCCCCGGGGCUGGGAGGCGGAGGUGGCCCGGGCCUCCGGGGCGCUGGUGUGGAUCCGUGGGGACCCGCCCCGGGGGGCCCUCCUGCAGCUGCCCCCAGCUGUCCUCGAGCUGCUGCUGCGCCUGGCCCGGGCGGCCUUGAGCCCAGAGGACGCCCUGGUGGCGCGGCCCGCGUCGGGGGGACCGUCUCCCCGGCCCUUCCUGGGGAUCGCGGCCUUCCAGAACCCCGAGGGCCCGAUGGACCUGGGAGCUCCCCGGUCUCCAGGCCCGGCCCGGAGCACACGGCAGGAGACGGCCAGCCAGCUGGUAUGGGUCGAUUCCAGCAACCGGGGAGGGGCAGACAGCCCCGGAGAGGAAAGGCCAGCAGCAGCCGCCGGCCGCCGGGACUCCACGCGCCCAGCCCGGCGGAAGCAGGGGCAGAGGGCGGAGGGCACGCCCUCCUCCCGGAGCCGGUGCCCGCCCUGGACGGUGGGCGAGCUGCAGCCGCUCCCCCAGGCCUGCCUCGGUCUCCCCUGCUGGCAGGGGCUGGAGCUGUCAGAGCGCAGGGGUGCGCCCCUACGUCUGGAGCGGAAGGAGAAGGCGCUCGCUCCCCCGCCCGGCGCGGAAGGCCCAGCCCGCGGACCCGACGGGGAGCGAGGAGGAGAGGGGGCCCCAUGGGCUCCGCCCCGCGGCGGGGCUCCCGACGGGCCUCCCCCGGCCCCGACGCCGACCCCAAAGCACCAGUACCACCCCCCGACCGCCAGCAGCUCCCCAAACGCUCCCGGCUCCGGAGAUGCCCCCCACAAGGACCUUCCCCGCCGCUUCUCACACACCCGAAGCCCAGACCGGACCCACCCCGCACGCAAGAUCCGCAGCGCCCCCCGAAACACCGGCGGCUUCAGAAGCUUCCGGAGCUUCCCAAACGGCGGGGGCUCGGAAGUCCCCCCCAGGGGCGGGCCCGGCCGGGGGAGUGCAGCCUGCGUCCAGGGGGAGCGACUCCUCCCCGAGGGGCCGGGGGGCGGCCCGCAGGCGGGGGAGGCAGCUCCGGGGGGCUCGUGGGGGGGCUGCCAGGCCGUCGCCCCACGGGCCACGGGCCCACGGCGCGCUUGUCCGGGGAGCCUGGGAACCCCAGGUUGCGGCGAGUUGUCAUCGACGGCAGCAGCGUGGGCCUUGGUGCACGGCCUUCAGCACUUCUUCUCCUGCCGGGGCAUUGCGAUGGCGGUGCAGUAUUUCUGGAACCGGGGACACCGGGAGAUCACCGUCUUCGUGCCCACUUGGCAGCUGAGGAAGAACCGGAGAGUUCAGGAGAGCCACUUCCUGACGAAACUGCAUGCACUCAAGAUGCUCUCCAUCACGCCCUCCCAGCUGGAGAACGGCAAGAAGAUCUCCACCUACGACUGCAGGUUCAUGGUGAAGCUGGCGGAAGAGACCGACGGCGUCAUCGUCACCAACAAGCCGGUCCACACCCUGACGAAUAACUCCCAGAAAGGGACCGCCGUCGCAGACCGCCUGCUGCCCUUCACCUUUGCGGGGAACCUCUUCAUGGUACCCGACGACCCUCUGGGCCGCGACGGCCCUACGCUGGAUGAGUUUCUAAAGAAGCCAAACAGGUUGGACAUGGACAUUGGCAACUUCCUGAAGGUGUGGAAGCGCCUUCCUCGCGCCCCGGCCCGCCUCUCGGAGCCGGGCGACGACCGUGACCGUGACGGCGACCGCGGGCCUGCGGAGGGUCCUCAGAGCGCGGGGGAAGCCGGGGAGGAGGAGGAGGAGGCGCAGCCCGGGGCCGGGACGCCGGAGGCGGCCGCCGAGGAGGAGGAGGAGGCCGGCCUCGAUCCCUCCCCCGCGCCCCCGCUCGGCGCGGAGGGCCUGCUCCUCCCCGAGGACGUCCUCCGGUGCCUCAGCCUGCACGACCCUCCCGACCAGGCGCUGGACGUGGACCUCCUGCCGGGGGCCGCCGCCGCCCCGGACCCGGACGCCCCCUGGGACGGGGGCGCCCCCUGCCGGCAGAUCCUGGCGCAGCUGGCCCGGAUGACCGUGCCCCGGAGCGCCACCGCGCUCUCCUUCUUCGUGGGGUUCAUGGACUCGCACCGGAAGGCCAUCCCCGACUACGAGGCGCGGGUGGGGCCGCUGCGCCGGCUGCUGGGGCGGCCGGGCUGGCGGUGGGGCCCGGAGCACGGCCGGGCCUUCCGGGGCCUGAAGCAGGCGCUGGUGUCGGCGCUGUGCCUGGCGGCGCCCGCCCCGCGGCUGCCCUUCCGCCUGGAGGUGCGCGUGGGCGGCGGGGCGCUGGCGGCCGCCCUGCGGCAGGAGCGCGCGGGGCGGCCGCGCCUCGUGGCCUACACCGCGAAGCCCCUGCGCCGGCCGGGGGGCGGCGGCGGGGGGCCCCCCGCGGGGGCGGGCGGCGCCUGCGCCGUGGCCUGGGCCCUCCGGCACUUCGCCCCCUGCCUCGGGGACGCCCCCGUGGUGCUGGAGCUCUCGCACGCCGCCGCCCCGCGCGGGGCUCCCCACGAGGGCGGGGCUCGGCGGGCUCCGCACGACGGCGGCGCCCGCUGGUCCCUGCUGGUGCAGGGCCCGGCCGGCCGGGCCCCCGGGGUGGGCCGCGCCGCCCCCCGCGCCCUCCGCGCCCCCCGCGCCCCCGCGCCCCCCGCGCCCCCCUUCUUCCGCGUCCUGCCCCCCUUCUCCGACCUGGCGCCCUUCGUCUGCGUCCACCUGUCGGGCCACUGCGCCUCCCGCGAGGACGGGCGGCGCGCGGGCUUCGGGCUCUACGUGCUGUCGCCCGGCGGCGCCCCCGCGUCGCUCGCCUUCUCCUGCGCCCCCGCCACCCCCACGCACGCCCACCUGGCGGCCGUGGCCUGCGCGCUCGAGCGCUUCGGCCGCGGCCCCGCGCCGCUCGUGCUCCUGCCCCACUGCGCCUGGCUCUUCGGCCUCCUGGGCGAGCUGCUGCCCCGCUGGGCGCGCGGGGGCUUCCUGUCCUCGGACGGGGCGCCGCUCCCCCACCCCGGCCUGCUGGCCUACGUGGGCGCGCUCGCCGCCAGCCUGCCGGCCGCGCCCUUCCUCUACCGCACCUCCUACCGGGGCUCCCUGUUCGCCGUGACGGCGGACGCCCUGGCGCGGCGCGGCGCCGAGGGGGGCGGGCCGCGCUGGGAGCCGCCCGCGCGGGCGCCGGUGCCCCCGGUGACGCCCCGCUGGGCGGGCCGGAAGCCCGACCUGCUGGCCCUGCAGCGCGGCGACGCCGCCCUGGCCGACGCCCUGGCCCGGCUGCGGGCCGGGGAGAGGGUGGCGGGCUCCUCCCCGCUGAGCGCCGCCUUCCCGCGGCUCCGCCUGCACCCCGCGCGCGGCCUGCUCCUGUUCCAGGGGGACCGGCGGCCCCCGGUGUGGGUGGUCCCCGCGCCGCUCCGCCGGGACCUCGUCUUCGCGGCGCACGCGGCGGCCGCCGGGGGCCACCGGGCGCCCCGGGAGACGUGGCGGCGGCUGCGGCGGCUGGGCUGGUGGCCCGGCGUGCGGGAGCAGGUGCGCGACUUCUGCCGCGCCUGCCUCUUCUGCCUCCCCGGCGAGGGGCCCGCGGCGCUGGAGCCCGCCUGGCCCCCGGGGUGCGCGGCGCCGUGGGCCGCGCUGCGGCUGGAGGUGGUGGGGCCGGUGGCGGGCAGCGAGGAGGGCUACAGGCACGCGCUGGUGGUGGCGGACCCGCACACGCGCUGGGUGGAGGCCUUCCCGCUGAAGCCCCGCACGCCCAUGGCGGCCGCCCAGCUGCUCCUGCAGCACGUGUUCGCGCGCUGGGGGGUCCCCGGGAGGCUGGAGGCCGCCCAGGGCCCCCAGUUCGCCCGGCGCGUGCUGGUGAGCUGCGGCCUGGCCCUGGGGGCGCGGGGGGUGACCCCGGGCCGCGCCCUCCAGUUCGCCUGUCUGGCCGGCUCCGAGGCCUUCUGGGGGUUCAAGGGGGCGCUGCGGGACUUCAUCGCGCUGCAGGGCCAGAAGUGGGCGGCCGCCCUGCCGCUGCUGCACCUGGCCUUCAGGGCCGCCACCCCGUGCCGCCUGCUCACGGGGGCCGAGCCGCCGCUCCCCGCGCCCCUGUGCUGGGAGAUGAGCGGCGCCAACAUGGAGGGGCUCAAGAUGGACAUCUUCCUGCUGCGCCUGCUCCGCGAGCUGCGGGAGCUGCACCCCGGGGGGGACCCGCCCUGCGCGCCAGACGCCCGGGAGGAGGCCUGGGAAGUGGGGGACCAGGUCCUCGUGCUGUCCCUCCCCAGGAACGGCAGCGGCGCCAGGUGGGUGGGCCCCUUCUACAUCGCGGACCGGCUGAGCCUCACGCUCUACAGGCUGUGGGGCUUCCCGACCCCCGAGAAGCCGGGCUGCGUCUACCCCGGCAGCCUGAUGAAGACCUUCGCCCCGAGCGGCGCGCCCCUGGCCCUCCAGGCCUUGGAGCAGUGA